UAAACCCUCUCCGUGGCCGUGGCAGUCACACGACUACCUUAAACCCUAAACCCUAUCCUCUCUACUCCAUUCCCUCACCAAAGCCUCCGGCAAACCUUCAACUCUGGUCACAUUCACCAUAUAAGCCAACCGGAAAACGGGAAAAUCCGGCACUGGUGACUCUGCCAUGCCUGUGAAAAUCCUCCCACCAUUCCGUUUCCUCAAUCCUUGUCUUCCGGUGUCUCGUUUCCAAUCCAUGAACCUCAAACCCGCCAACCAAUAUUCUCGGACAUUGCCCAUUUUCGGUCGGGUUUUCCCAUUUAAGCUUAAAUACCUAGGGCUUGCUCCGCCGCCGAGUCACCACUUCGGUCCCCGGAGGCUCUCGACUCGCUCAUCCCGACCAAGACCAAGUUCCACAUCCGGAUUCAGAGGAGAGGUUAAGGUUUCGAAGAGUCUCAUGGAGGACGAGGCUGAACUCAGUGACUGGGUCAGCGGGUUGAAGGAUGACUCGUUUCGUACUCGCUUUAACGACGAUGACUCGGAGGGAGAGCGCGGUACAGGUAGAAGUGGUAGAGAUUCAAUGAAGAGGACGAGAGAGAUUGAAUCUGACGAGUUCGGUGAUUUUAACAGGAGAAGAGGUCGGAGCUCAGCUGAGUCAUUUUCUAGGAGUUCGAGGAAGAAUGGGCCUAACUCGGUUGCCAGAACGCGAUAUGAGAGUGAAUCAGGUAUAGAGGAUGAUGAUGACGACGAUGAAAUGCAUUCUCGAAAGCAAAUUCGCAGUUUUAGAGGUGGGAAUUCGACAUUGUCGAAGAGAGGUGGGAGAGAUUCGGAUUUGGGUUCUAGGAGAGAUUUUGAUUCGGGGUAUAGGGGUGACCGAGGAGGUUUUGGGGGUUUGAGGAGAGGUGAAAAUGAAAGAGGUGGUGGGGGUUUGAGGAGAGGUGAAAAUGAAAGAGGUGGUGGGGGUUUAAGGAGAGGUGCAAAUGGAAGAGGUGGUGGGGGUUUAAGGAGAGGUGAAAAUGGAAGAGGUGGUGGGGGUUUAAGGAGAGGUGAAAAUGGAAGAGGUGGUGGGGGUUUAAGGAGAGGUGACAGAGGGCCCCAAAAACAAGCACAUUUGGUCUCGGAAGAUGAGGAUGAGGAUGAGGAAUUGAAGGGUAGUUUUAAAGGUUUGCUGAGUGAGGAAGAUAGUGAAGAAGAAGAAGAAGAGGAUGAUGAUGAUGACGACCAUGAUGAAGUUUUGAAGAAGAAUGCAAGUUCUUUGUUUGGGGCAGCUGCCAAGGAAGCGGUACCUAGGAGUUCGACUGGAAAAAGUGACUCUUACCUAAGUGAGACCAGGUUUGAUCAAUGUCCAAUCUCUCCAUUGUCAUUAAAAGCAAUCAAAGAUGCAGGGUAUGAGAAGAUGACUGUGGUUCAGGAGGCAACCCUUCCUGUCAUCCUCAAAGGUAAGGAUGUUCUAGCCAAAGCUAAAACAGGCACUGGGAAAACUGUCGCAUUUUUGCUUCCAUCAAUUGAAAUUCUUGUAAAAUCACCUCCCAUUAGCCGCGAUCAAAAGCGACCCCCAAUUGUUGUGCUAGUAAUUUGCCCAACUCGAGAGCUUGCAAGUCAAGCUGCUGCAGAGGCUAAUACCCUGUUGAAGUAUCAUCCCUCGCUUGGUGUUCAAGUUGUGAUAGGGGGUACAAGGCUUGCUCUAGAACAGAAACGCAUGCAAGCAAAUCCAUGCCAGAUUCUUGUAGCUACCCCUGGACGGCUAAAGGACCAUAUUGAGAAUACAGCAGGAUUUGCAACUCGUCUGAUGGGUGUCAAAGUCCUUGUACUUGAUGAAGCUGACCAUUUAUUAGACAUGGGAUUUCGUAAAGACAUUGAGAAGAUCAUUGCUGCUGUUCCAAAACAGCGACAAACACUGCUGUUCUCUGCCACAGUCCCAGAAGAGGUUCGUCAAAUCUGUCAUAUUGCUUUGAAAAGAGAUCAUGAGUUUAUCAAUACAGUUCAAGAGGGUAGUGAAGAGACACACUCACAGGUCAGGCAGACCCACAUAAUUGCUCCACUGGACAAGCAUUUUUUACUACUGUAUGCUCUUCUAAAAGAUCAUAUUGCAGAUGAUGUUGACUAUAAGGUUCUUGUGUUCUGCACUACUGCAAUGGUCACAAGACUUGUUGCUGACCUUCUUGGUGAGCUAAACUUGAAUGUUCGAGAAAUCCAUUCAAGAAAGCCACAGGGUUAUAGAACCAGGGUGUCUGAUGAAUUUCGGAAGUCAAAAGGCCUUAUUUUGGUGACUUCUGAUGUAUCAGCACGUGGAGUUGAUUACCCAGAUGUUACCCUUGUUAUUCAGGUCGGUUUGCCAUCUGAUAAAGAACAGUAUAUACAUCGACUUGGUAGAACUGGGCGUAAGGGUAAAGAAGGGCAAGGCAUAUUGUUACUGGCACCUUGGGAGGAAUUCUUCUUGUCUACUGCCAAGGAUUUGCCGAUAACAAAGGCUGAAGCACCUUUAGUUGAUCCCGACACAAGGAAAAAGGUGGAGCGGGCGCUGUCCCAAGUGGAGAUGAAGAGCAAAGAAGCAGCAUACCAAGCAUGGCUUGGAUACUACAAUUCGAAUAAGAAGGUGGGUCGGGACAAGGUCAGGCUUGUGGAGCUUGCGAAUGAGUUCAGCCGAACCAUGGGCCUUGACAACCCUCCAGCCAUUCCAAAGCUCAUUCUCGGCAAGAUGGGUCUCAGGAAUGUCCCUGGGUUGCGCUCCAAAUAGAGAGAGAGACUCAGCUGGUGGGUGAAUCUGUAUUUCCCAACUAUUAGUAGCUGAAUGUCUAGGAGAAUACCAAUUCACAAUUCGUACUGGAGUUCAUAGGAAAUUAAUUUCAGAGUUUUGAAACAUCCAGUGGUUUCCAAAUUUUAAUUUUGAUUCUGUGAGCUCUGUGAAAAUGUUAUCCCAGAAGCUCGUAAAACAUGAUGUUAUUAUUUGAACCAAUGCUUCCUUACACCAUAGAAAAUCAACCCUGCUUGUUAGAAAUGUCAUCUCAAGAGAACCUUGAGCCACUUCAUUUCCGGUAUGGGUGCAAUGGGUGCAAUUUGGCCGGCUUGGUCCGGUCAAAUUUCUGUCAAUGAAGAUCAUGAUGUACUUCUUUUGGUUAGGUACAAGAAAGACAUAAUGAAUUUACGGCCUCACUUUCCCUC